ACUAUAUUCGUGACCGUAUUGUGGAAUGAGUGGUAGCUUGAAGCAACUUAGCGUUUCCACGAAUUCGCUUAUUUCCAUGGUCGUCACUUUCGUCCGUCGAAUUCGGCUUAUGGUUAAACCAGCGAGCGCCAACUGUUAGCGUCUGUGACUUUUGACUCACUUCCAAGGCUACGUUCCACCGUCUCUUCUGUUUGUUCACGUAGGCCUAUUAACACGCAGACCUGAUUUUUUCAUUGAAUUUUCAUCACGUCAAGCUCUUGAUACCCAUUGCUUGUAUCGAAUCCGAGUUUCUUUGUAGCGGUCGGUGUCGAAAUCGUGAGGCACAGAGAAGCAUGGGUCAGGUUGCAUCGCGAGAGGAGCAGCUAAGGCACGCCGCGAAGCACGGCGGUACGGCGGCCAUUCAAGAGCUCGUUUCCCGCGGAGUAAACGUCAAUUGCGUGGACGCCAGGGGUCGCACGCCUCUGAUUGCAGCUUGCAGCCGGGUGGAGGGCUACGAGAGUGCGAAGCUGCUGCUGCAGAUGGGGGCCGCCGUCAGAGUCUACUGCAAAGGUCCAGGAGGAGGCACGGCCAUCCACUAUGCGGCCCGCAAGCUGCUCGAUGCCACGGUGAAACUACUGCUGGACCAUGGAGCGGAUCCCCUUCUCCCCAACGAUGAUGGCAGGACUGCGUUGGAUCUGGCCAGGGAGAGAAACGCCACUGCCGUCGUCAGGUUGAUAGAGAGCCGCGUGGCCCUGUUCGAGGGCUAUGUGCGGCAGCAGACCCUGUCCGCCCCAUCGAUAGUCAAGGCAUUCAUUCCACAAUGGGUGUACCGGAGAGUCUGGGUGGCAGUUGUUCCUGGGCCAACCACGAGCGACAGCCGCCAAACAUUCCGCCUCACUCUCUAUCCGUCCAUGGCUUUCGGGUCACCCUAUUUCGACAUUGCUCUGCACGUGUGCCGCAUCUACAUGACCAAGAUGGACUCAGCCAACCCUGUACUCGUUAUAGAGGACCCCAUCCAUGAGGAGAAGGGGAAGUGGAAGUUUGUGCGAGAUACAGAAGCACCGGAUCCUUCGCAGAUCUUCAGACUGCAUGACGCAUGCAGGGGCAUGGCACGGGCACCAGCAGCCCAGCGCACAGUGAGUCGAUCGCACACUGCCCCUUCGUACACACCACAACCACCACCACCGCCCCAGACCCAUCCCAUGUACCCCCAACCACCUCCUCCUCCUUCUGCCACUUACUCUGCUGCCUGGAGUCCCUACUACAACCAGCAGCAGGCACAGCAGCAGCAGCAGGCAUGGCAGCAGGCACAGCAGCACCAACAGCAGCAGGCUUGUCAGCAGGCACAGCAGCAGCAGCAGGCAUGGCAGCAGGCACAGCAGCAGCAACAGCAGCAGGCUUGUCAGCAGGCACAGCAGCAGCAGCAGGCUUGGCAGCAGCAGCAGCAGCAGGGGGGGUUAGGAGCAGCAGGAACAGGAUCAGUGGCAGCGGGCGCAGGGCAGGGUUGUCAGCAGGCAGGAGCCGAUUCCAGCGGGCCGGUGAACUUGCACGCGUGGCAGGCUGACGUGGACGAGGACACGGCAUUCCAGUUGGCACUCUCUGAGUCGAUGCACUCUGCCAGCACUGCUGAUUCUGGUCGUGCUGCUGCUUCCAGUGCUGCUGCUGCCAUUUCUCAGGGCAUAGGCAGGGAGGAGGAUGGUGCAGAUGGUUUCAUUCUCACCCGAUCCUCUUCUGAGCCUCAGUCUAGGUCCGGCCGCUCCCUUUCCUCCUCUUCUUCCACUGCCACAGACGCAGUCGCUGCUUCGCACCGAUCCUCCAGGUCUGUCUCGGAAACUGCUGACAGGCACCCCUUUGCUCCACCGGCUGCUACCUCUUCUUCCUCUGCGGCAGCGGGUACGUCACUAGCACCUGGCACUGCGCGUGCGGCUCCUGUUCCUCAGGGCGAUGCUGUUCCACGUGCUGCUGCGGUGCCUCCUCCAGGUGCUUCUGGCUCUGGUGCAGUGGGGGUGGAUGGGCCCGGAGUGCGAGAGGACAUUCUGAACCAGUUCUCGUCUGUGGCGCCGGCAAUCAACCGAGCAGCAGCAGCGGUAUCAUCGCUCUUUGCAUCAGGAUCACCAUCUGCACCGUUGGUGGAUGCUCCCUCCACCACUGCAGCACCGCUUUACUCAACAUCAGCAAGAGCAUCGGGACGAGACCCGGGACCAGCACCAGCAGCAGCAGCAGCUCCAGCUUUCCCAGCCAGAGCAGCGGUGGCUGCAGAAGCAAUCGCAACAGCAGCAGGGGCGUUCACAUCAGCAACAGCCGCUGCAGCAGCCACAGCAUGGCAAAGAACAACGGGCCACCGCGCUCCCUUCUUCGACCCUCCUCUCAUCCAAUUCUCCCCACCCAGCAGCCCCCGCCUGAACCCGCACAUCUCACCGAACCCCCCACCGAACCCCGAGGUCCAACCACCCAGUGGCCGCCCUCACACACCUGCCACAUAUGUCUCCCCUGGUCCAGCAUCUGUAGCAGAGCUACAUCCGAGCUACAACCCUGACAGGGUGCGAACAGAACUCGCCCGGGCUCAGUCGAGCCGAGGGCGAGGAGUUGUGGGAGCAAGCGGAGCAGCAGGAGGAGCAGAGGCAGGAGCAGGAGCAAGAGCAGGAGCAAUAGCAGGAGCAGAAGCAGGAGCAGAAGCAACCGCAGAGGCAGCAGGAGGGGGGUCUAGAGAGGGUCAGUGUGUGAUAUGCUGGGAUUCGGUGGCUCAGGCAGUGUGUGUGCCGUGUGGACACCUGGCGGGGUGUGUCGAGUGUCUCACGGAGGUUAAAGCCAAGGGGUGGGGCUGCCCUGUUUGCAGAGCUUCCAUUCGAGAGGUGGUUAAAAUCUUCCACGUCUAGUUUUGGGUACUGGAUCUGUGUUGUAUUGUAUGCAGGCCCUAAGAUUCGUUUUGGGACACGUUGAUUCUGUUAACGUAGAAACGAAGGAUUACUAGAGGUGGAAACCUAGAACAAAUACUAGUUGGUUGUACUCAUUAGAAGCAUACCUCAGUCUA